AGUCAGUCACGACUGGACCUAAUGGUCAGGGGUCCCUUUACCUUUACGCAGCAUUUUGGGGAUCAAGCACCCACUGAGGGAAAAAGAAUAUGGCAACCUCAUGUGGGAUAUAAGUAGAAAGAAAGUGGGCACUGUUCAGUGUGGAAAAGUAUAAAUGUUUUGGCCUGUACAAGAGCGUUUUUUGUGCCGCAGAAUACAGUCUUUGCGAGCUACCAUUUUAUGAGAAGACUGGUGAAAGCAAAAGUGGGUUGCGUCAGGCUCUCUCUUGGAUUCCCUACCAAGCCAUUUUUGCCUGAGCGGCUGUGAAGAAAGAGUGUGCUCAAGCAUUUCGACCGCCUUUCCGUGCGUUGGGGAGGGAGGACAAAGGACCGUUCCCAAUACAGCAUGAGGGAAACGGAAAAUUGGUUUGCCCAAGAGAGGAAAGAUCAGAGGAACUGCAGGCAAGCUGGAAGCAAAGAAGCUGGAUAAGGAAAAGAGUUUGCCCAGGGCUUGAGGCGGGACUAGGCCACAGGCCUUUGCUAAAGUAGUUGUAUCAUUAGGCAAGGGCAGCCGAGGUUUCCCUGUUGCAACACAGCAAGCAGCCACAUCUCUGGUUGCAGGGCUUGAACUCAAAUGCUUGCAAAUGCGACCACUGGAAUGUUCUACCACCUCACCAUGCAUGAAUUCAUGAAGCCACAAUAGAUGCAAAGGGAAAUUCAGCCCCCCCACCCCACAGCAAACUGGUGCUGAAUGCUGACAGAAAUAGGAGUCAACCACUGAAAAAUGAGGCAGGUAUCAAUGGGCUUGGGAAAGGAACUUGGAGGUUUGCAAAAGAAUGACAAACCUAAGGGAGCAGCAGCAGCAGCAACAAGACCCAGCCCAAAUGAGGGCCGAGUAAUGUCAGCAGUUUUGGGGGUGGCCGAUGGGUGGAAUAGCCUACUGAUGAAGGAAAUGGCUGGCCAUUGGAAGUUGAGACUGCAGUGCGGCUUUUUGCCCCUUCUGAUAAACUCUGGUAGCCCCGAUGCCUAUGAGCUUGGCAAGAAUUGAGCCAUGCUCAUUGAGCUCAUUGCUGCUUAAAGGAACGUCCUGGGUAUACCAAAUAGUUUUUUUAAAAAAAUUAAAGGGCCAGCAAAGGAAGCUGCUUUCUACUGAGUAUCUAACUGCAUUCCCAACGACAACUGACAACUGGCUCUUCCAAGGUCUCGGGCAAAGGUUCUUGGCCAAGAUGCGGUGGGUACAGCUGUUUGUGUGCCUGGUGCUUGGAGGGUCAGCUUCUUCUCUGCAGUGCCCCGAUGGCCAUAGCUGUAAGGGAUCCUCUGUUUGUUGCAAGCUCUCUGGAGAAGAUGGAUAUUCCUGCUGUGACCAGCCUCAGUUCACAGCUGCCUCCCUGCGCAUGUUCCCUCCCCAAGACAACUCUCUCCACCAGGUGGCGGAGCCCUCUGGUGUUGCGUGCUUAGACGGCCGUGUGUGCCCGGCGGAAUACUCCUGCCUGCGUACUCCAGACGAUGACUUGGCCUGCUGCCCCUGGAAAGAGGGCAUCUCCUGUGCUGGCGGUCACUAUUGCUGCCCCCUUGGCUCCCGCUGCAGUCCUGACGGAAAAUCCUGCUCUAAGAGUGAAGCUCCAACCUUUCCUGCCAGAGUCGGUGCUGUUCAGUGUCCAGAUGGGGAAUCGGAAUGCCCAAAUGAGUCUACUUGUUGUAUGAUGCCCGAUGGAGUCUGGGGGUGUUGCCCGAUGCCUGAGGCAUUGUGCUGUGAAGACAAGAUCCACUGCUGCCCACACAACACAACUUGCGACCUGCCACACGCACGGUGCUUUGCAGCCUCCGGGGAGCACCCUCUUUGGAAGAAGUUCCCAGCGAGCAGGCGAGCGGUUCUGUUGGAUUCACCUCGGAACAGUCUCUGCCCAGGUAAUCAGUCCAGCUGCCCGGAUACAGACACCUGCUGCAUUCUCUCGACGGGCCAGUAUGGCUGCUGCCACCUACCCAAUGCUGUCUGCUGCAGCGACCACCUUCACUGCUGCCCACAGGGCACCAAGUGCGACUUGGAGCACUCGCGAUGCACUAUGACCCCGCAGAGGUCAUGGCCCAUCUUGCACCUCACUACGGACCUCCGCCAAACAGUCGGUGUUGUCCAGUGCGACGAUGAGCACACCUGCCCAGAUGGGAACACCUGCUGUCUGCGAAGCCCAGGCGAAUGGGGGUGCUGCCCAUUGGAGGAGGCUGUCUGCUGCUCAGACCACGUCCACUGCUGCCCAAAGGGCUACACAUGCAAUGUGGCCGCGGGGACCUGCGACGAAGGCGGCAGAAGCAUCCCGUGGCUGGCAAAAGCAGAGCCACGCUCCCCGCCUGCGAGCUCUGCGGGCACGGCAGUGCCGUGCGAUGCCCACACGGAAUGCCCAGAAGGGCACACCUGCUGCCGUCUGUCAUCGGGCGCGUGGGGCUGCUGCCCCUUGCCAGAGGCCAUCUGCUGCAAGGACGGCUCCCACUGCUGCCCUGCCAACUACCAGUGCAACUUGUCGGAAGGCACUUGCACCAAGAACGGAGGCAGCAUCCCUUGGCUGGAGAAGAAGCCGGCCGUCGUUGGCUUCGCCUCUUUGAGCAGGAACGUGAAAUGCAACGAGGAGUUCAGCUGCGCAGAUGGGCAGACGUGCUGCACGGCCGGAGCGCUGGGCUGGGCGUGCUGCCCUUUCCCACAGGCCGUCUGCUGCUCUGACCAAAAGAAUUGCUGCCCUGGGGGCUACACCUGUGACGUGGAACACAGCUCCUGCGUCCAAAGCAGACAACCUUCCUGGCAGGUCUCGAUGGCUCUCAUUCAGCCGAGGGAGGUGAAGGACAUCAGGUGUGACGACAAGGCGAGCUGCCCAGACGGGCACACCUGCUGCCGGAUGCCCUCGGGCGAGUGGGGGUGCUGCCCUUUCCCAGAGGCUGUCUGUUGCCCAGACCGUGUCCACUGCUGCCCCAAAGACUACACUUGCGAUCCAGGUCAGAAAACCUGCCAGUCGCCGCAGCACUCUCUGCCUUGGGCUCCCAAGCAUCCUGCCGGUGUGACUCAGAACCGUGGCAUCCAGUGCAACGACACAUCCAGCUGCGAGGAAGGGCAGACCUGCUGCAGGGAUGUCUCGGGCGGGUGGAGCUGCUGCCAGCUACCCAACGCUGUUUGCUGCGAGGAUCACAAACACUGCUGCCCCUCGGGCUACACCUGCAACGUGGCAGCUCAGACAUGCGAGAAGCAGUUCUGGCCCAGGCUCCUGCCUGCAGGAGGUCUGCUGAGUUCCUCGCGCGCCCCCACGUCCGGCCGGGAUGUGUUGUGCGGUGAUCAGCACUACUGUCACGACCACCAGACCUGCUGCAAGUCCAGCUCAGGCGGAUGGGCCUGUUGCCCUUACGACAAGGGCUCCUGCUGCUCUGACAAACGCCACUGCUGUCCGUCUGGCUUCCGUUGUUCCUGGAGGGGCACUGAAUGCAUUAAACAGAAGCCACUCCGCUGGGACACAAGUGCCUUCACCCAUCGCUCUACCCAAGCACAUGGGUUGCUCUGAAGUGCCUUUUCGUUUCUGGGCUCUCCCAAUACUCGGGCGCUGGAGCGAGCUCUGCUUUUUUUCAGGGAGGGACAUUUGUGAGUGUGUGCAGGAGAGAUGGCGACUUCUGCCAGUUUGCUGUUCUGAUCAGGAAGGGGAUUCCUGCUGCCUUACGCUUGCCCCCUGCGUGGAUGAAACUCUCUUCUUUAGAGGCAUUGCCAGAGAGAAUAAAUCCUCUCUCUCCCCCUUCCUCCAAUGCCCACCAGGGACCCCUGGCUUCACUGCCAUGCCCCAGUCGUAGCUGCAGGCUGGAAGGCUUGCCAUCUUUGGCUUCUUGUCCUGGGCCAAGAUUUAUGCAAGCUUGGGGGUCUUGCUCUGUCCCUGCAGUCCUCUUUACCAAAAUUGUUUUUGAUUACUUUUGUGCUGUUUCUUAAAAAAAGAAUAAAUCUUGACACUGGAUUGGCAGUUGUUUGCUGCUAUGCUUACCAACGA